GCCUUAUCAAAUUAAAGGAUCUACUUAAAAUAUCCAGCUACUCGGAGAUGAGGAGGGUGAAAAUGUCCAUUUUGCAGUACGACUCCAACUAUCAAUACGACCCUAUAUUUCAAUACCAAAAGAUACUAAAAGAUAUCCAUAAAAACGAACACAAUAUCGUAUUGAGUGUUUCCAACGAUAAAGCGGAAAAAAUGCGAAAAUUAACAGAAUAUGAUAAUUAUCUGAUCGCAAGUCUGUCGUUUCUUAUUCGCUGCAAAGAAAAUAUAAGUGAUUUUUUUCUCAUCGCAAUCAUUAUGUUAUGGGACGACAGGAAAGUGGCUAAUGUUUGGCCCGACGUGUGUCUCAAUCACUUGUUAGGCGCU